AUCGAGGCCGAAGGCUGAAUCGCUGAGGCCGGUUGAACGCGUGCGGGGGAGGCGGCUUCUUCCGGCGGGCCGAGAGGUAGCUUCGUACGUUGAAGGACACAGCCUGCGGAGUUGGGAUUUUUGCAAGAUUGAAAUCAUGGCGGGUGCAGAAACUGAUGCCCAAUUCCAGUUCACUGGAAUCAGAAAAUAUUUCAACUCUUAUACUCUCACAGGUAGAAUGAAUUGUGUACUGGCCACAUAUGGAAGCAUUGCUUUGCUGGUUUUAUACUUCAAGUUAAGGUCUAAAAAAAACCCAGCUGUGAAAGCAACAUAAAAGGAUUCUAAACUGUUCCUCAUCUGUUAACUUCCCAUGCCUGGAGACGCUAAUGUCAACUCAUCAUGUGAUACUCAAUUUGUACAAUAAAUUAUGAACCUGGAAAAGCUGGUUGUCUUUA